AGUGAUGAAAGUGCACCGCUACGCCCGUGAAGGCAUCACCGACUCUCUCGGUGUUGCCGUUCUAACCAUUUACCAACAGCUGACGAGCUCGUCCGACUCUCUCAAUUCGCUCAAGCGGCUGUUUGAAGCAUCGUGCGGUGUCGUUUCCAUCCACUUGGGUGUCAGGCAACCAGCGUCCGUUAGCUUCAUCAUUAGCAUAGCCUUGAAGCAUCUCAGGCGGGCGCUGUGUUUAACCACCGCGGAGCGCCUUUAAAGAAGCGGCGUUCCUCACCCUUUCCACCAUGCAUGCUUAAGACGCAAAGGAAUGAGGCCAUUAAAAGAGGGCAGCCUUGAAUGAGGCUAACAUUGCCUCCGAGGCGAUAACAUUGACAACAUGUUUACCUUGACACGUCAGCUGACCGCCAGACCACAGACGUGGUGCCUUCCUGGACCCUGGGAAACGUGGGAAAUGCGUCAAGCUAUUGUGUAAUGGAGCCAUGUGACGACACGGGGAACCUCAACCAAGAGGAGGACGUGCCCCUAAGCGAUGGAUCCAACGGCCAAUCAGACACCACGCCGGACAUGCUGAAAAUCAAAGAGCAGCUCUUUAACCAGUGCUUUGAGAUGGAAGUGCAACGCAAUAGAGGCACAAAUCAGAGGCCAUGCUCCCUGGCUGAAGCAGAGCGAGGCUUGGCAGACAAUGUCAGGGAGCUGGAAAGAAUCAAGGCAUUUCAUUUUAACCGAACACUGGCUUUGCACAGAAUGCAGAUGUGGCACGCCAUUGGAGAAAAGCUGAAACAAAAUGAUUCAGAGGCUGCUGAGCUGAAAGCCAUCAGUGACCGCUGCAUGGUGCUUUGCUCGCAUAUAAAAACACUUCAGCAGGAAUCAAGGGCUCUCCACGAUGAAAUCACAGUACUCCAGAAAAACAGGCUUGAGCUGAAGCGUCGCACGCAUGAUAAAAUGAAAGAGAUCGAUAACUUGAAGGUGAAGAAAGCGCACCCGGAUUCAGAGAAGUACGAAGCCGUCUUGCAGAAGGGCCGCACAAACCUGGAAGAAUUCAAAAAGAUGGUCAUCAUAGCACAGAAUGUAUUCAGGGGAAUUCUGUUAGCGUAUAAAGUAAACUGGAUGGAGGAUCCACAACUGCGAGACAUAGCCCUGACUCUGGAGGAAUUUCCUAUCCCCGACUAAAGUAAUCCACUUGUCCAUUGUGUAUACGUGUAUGUAUGUAUGUAUGUGUGUGUUUU